UUCAGCAUUUAUUCAUCCCUGUGAUGUUAACUGAUAUAUAUAUCUCUGUUCCUUUUCCUCAUCUCUCCAGGGAGCAGGAGGCUGAAGAGGAGCAGGAGGCCGAGCCCGAGGACGAGGAGGAGCCUGAGCAGGAAGAGGAAGAUAGAGCAGACCACCAGGAUUACCACGCUGAUCCGUCAGAUCAAGACGCCCAGGAGGAAGAGGAGGAGCGCCCCAAACCCAAACCCAUGGUGCCUCAACUUGCUGCUCCAAAGAUUCCCGAUGGGGAUAGGGUGGAUUUUGAUGACAUCCACAGAAAGCGCAUGGAAAAGGACUUAAUGGAGCUGCAUACUCUGAUCGACGUCCACUUUGAUCAGAGGAAGAAAGACGAGGAAGAGCUCAUCGGCCUCAAGGACCGCAUUGAGCAUCGUCGCUCAGAGAGAGCUGAGAUCCAGAGGGUUCGAGCGGAGAAGGAGAAGGACAGACAGAACAGAAUUGCGGAGGAACGUCACAGAAAAGAGGACGAGGAAGCCAAGAAGAAGGCUGAAGACGACAUUAAGAAGAAGAAAGUGCUGUCUGGCAUGGGAGCCAACUUUGGAGGCUUCCUGACCAAGGCAGAGACGAGGAAGGGCAAGCGUCUGACAGGCAGAGAGAUCAAGAAGAAGACUCUGUCUGAAAGACGGCACCAGCUAAACAUCGACAGCCUGAGGGAGGACGCUCUCAAGCAAGAGGCCCAGGAGAUGUGGAACUGUAUCUACCAGCUGGAGUCUGAGAAGUUUGACUACACGGAGUACAUGAAGCACCAGAAAUACGAGAUCAUCGUGCUGCUGAACAGAAUCCAACAUGCUCAGAAAUUUAAAAAGAUCCAUGGGAAAGGGAAGGUGGGCGGUCGCUGGAAGUAAAAGUGAAAACACAUUGAUAACAAAAAGUGGAAGCAAGGAAGGAAUCGCUCUCUGUGGUCUUCUCAUGCCAGAGACGCUCUGUAGGCCUUUCCUGUGUGUGUGUAAGAAAGAUAUUUUAAUGUUUCUUGAUAAUAAAACUACAUGCACUCAAUUUGGAGUUGUAGUGUGGAUCAC